AGAGAUAUGGCCUUUGAUUAGCUGCUUGGUGUCUUAUUGCUCAUAGUGUCCCGCUCCUGUCCGGUCCUGCCCAAGGGACACGAGCCUUAACCAAUGCAAAAACUCUGAAAUAGAGUCUUAAACUUGUGUGUAGAACAGGCUUUGGUUUUAUUAUUACCUCACAUUAAAAGAGCACACUUAUCUUUGAUAUUCAGGGCGUAAUUGAUGACAUUGGUAAACUUGGGCAAGAGGGUAAGCUUGUUCAAGACACUGAGAAGCGGGAAAGAAUCUACAGGUGUCUGAAGAGCCGCGAGACUGAAGGAGCACCGCACGCGCCAGGCGCGAGCACAGACACGCAGCCAUCAGGAGCAGAGCGCGACCCCCGACCCGUGAAAAAAAGCGUCACAGAGAAAAAAGAGAGUGAGAGAGAGGGAGGGAGAUAGAGAGAGCAAUAGAAAGAGUGUGUGAGAGACGCGGCCGUCCCAAGAAUGAUGUCCUACAUAAAGCAGCCCCAUUAUGCUGUGAACGGGUUAACACUGUCCGCCUCAGGAAUGGACCUGCUGCACUCCGCCGUCGGCUACCCAGGCACUCCAAGGAAGCAGCGUCGGGAGCGCACUACCUUCACACGGACCCAACUGGACAUUUUGGAAGCCUUGUUCACCAAAACACGCUACCCAGACAUAUUCAUGCGAGAAGAGGUGGCUCUGAAAAUCAACCUUCCAGAGUCCAGAGUUCAGGUUUGGUUCAAGAACCGUCGUGCUAAAUGCCGCCAACAGCAACAGCAGUCCAGCGGUCAGCCCAAGCCCCGUCCCCCUAAAAAGAAGUCCUCUCCUCCCUCUGAACUGACCUCUGACCCUGGUGCCAGCUCCUCAGUGGCAGCUGCCUCUGCCCCAGCCGUGCCCCCUAGUGUCAACACAGGCACAGCACCAGUUUCUGUGUGGAGUCCCACCUCUCUAUCCCCCCUUUCUGACCCGCUGUGUGGCUCCGGCACACCUUGUGUGCAGCGCCCUGCUCCAUAUGCUAUGAGCUAUGGUCAGCCCUCCACCUAUGGCCAGGGCUACAGCUCCUCUCCUUAUUUCAGUGGAUUGGAUUGCAGCCCGUACCUCUCUCCCAUGACCAGUCAGCUGUCCGCAAGCGGGGGCGCCCUCUCUCCCCUCACCGUGCCCUCCAUGGGCGGCUCGCUCAGCCAGUCACCCUCCCUCUCCUCCCAAGGGUACAGCACCUCCUCGCUGGGUUUCAGCUCCGUAGACUGCCUAGACUACAAGGACCAGCAGGCCUGGAAGCUCAGCUUCAGUACCGUGGACUGCCUCGACCAUAAAUUCCAGGUGCUGUAGAAGAGAAAGUGAGCAAGUGAAGAAAAAGAACAAGAGGGAAGGAGAAUUAGGAGAAGACGGAUGAAGAAUAAAUGAAAUUAAACUAUUGCUUGAAAUGCCGGAGACAUUUAGAUGAUGAACAAAACUGAAUCAGCAGGAUACAGGAUCACAGAGGUGAAAAGGGGUGCCCAUUUUGGAACUGGUGAAGACUGUUCCUCUGUAAUCCAGACCUGCUCUGAGAUUGGCUGAGAGUGAAGGGACUCCUCAAGUCUACUGAUCAGUCAUUAUUAACAGUUUACCUCACACACACACACACACACACACACACACACAUACACACACACACACACACACACACACACACACACAGAGAGAGAGACCAGAGACAGACUAAAACAUAUUUCAUAACACAGUAAAGUAAUUAUCACCAAAACACACACACAUAUCACACAAGGACAAGCAUGUAAUUGGAGGGAAACUUCUCAGUAUCUCUACAGAUACAAUUAGCUCUUUAUGGGACAAAGUUAUUUCUACUUUUUUCAUAAGUUUGGUUUGGUUUGUCUGUACUGAAAGGCAUUAGAAGUUCUUGUGUUGUGCUUUUAGCUUGCUGUUAUUUAUGUAUUGUUAAAUUAUGUUAACUUAUAUAUUGUUUUCUGUUAGUUUGAGUUAAUAGUUACUAAUUAGACUUCAUUUAAUGGCAAUACAUGCAUGCUGUUGAUAUAUGUUUUCUAUUUGGGAGACCUUGUGUUGAAAAAAUUUUGGUGUUUACAAUGGUUGUUGCUUUGACUGAAUACAUUCAGAUGGGAUCUACAAUUUCUCUUAUUUUAACAAUUAAACGUGACUUUGUUUAACAAGAUGUGUUUAACAAGA